CUGCUGUUGUCAGUAUUGUAAUUCCUACUCUGACUGCGUUGGACCAUAUUAAUUUAUAGGUUAGACUUAGAUCUCUAAUGAGUUGUAAAUAAUAAUAAAUUAUUAUGUGCUUAUAGCGAACAAAUAAAUAUUAAUUAUAAAUAUACAUCAUGUCCAGUUCUGACCACGUGAAUCAAGGACAAGCAAUAGAAAACAAAGAAUUGGAUUUAAAGGACGACUCGUCUACAACGGCGUCCCUAAAACGAAAAGCCGAAGACGAUGGAGAUAACGAAAGUCCAUCGAACAGUGAGAAACACAGCACUGUUGUCGCCGCCCAUUACAACCACCUAGAGGAGAAAGGUCUCAAAGAACGAUUCAACUCACCAAUAUUCUACCUUAGAAACUUUAACAACUGGGUAAAGAGUGUUCUCAUACAGGAAUUCACAGAUAAAAUCCGAGAAAAGGAUUACGGAAGGCCAUUACGAGUUCUUGACAUAUGUUGCGGCAAAGGAGGAGACUUAAGUAAAUGGCAAAAGGCGCGUGUGGAACGCGUCAUCUUUGCUGACAUUGCCGAGGUGUCCGUGCAGCAGUGUGAAAACCGUUACCACGAUCUGCAGAAGCGCUGCGGGAGGCUAUUCGCAGCUGAAUUUAUUGCUGCAGAUUGCACCAGAGAAAAACUACGAGAUAAAUAUGCUGACCCAUCUAUAAACUUUGAUCUGGUCAGCUGUCAGUUUGGAUUGCACUACAGUUUCGAAAGUUUAGCUCAAGCAAGGCGCAUGCUCACUAAUGUAGCAGAAUGUCUGAAGCCAGAUGGAUAUUUUUUUGGGACCAUACCAGAUGCAUAUGAGAUAGUUUCUCGGGCACAAAAGUCUUCUGAUAACUCGUUUGGCAACAGGAUCUACAAAAUAAAACUACUAUUUGACACAAAGGAUGGCUAUCCUCUUUUUGGUGGAAAAUAUGAUUUUCAUUUAGAAGGAGUUGUAGACUGUCCAGAAUUUUUAGUUAAUUUUCAACUUCUUGUUAAAUUAGCAGCAGAAUAUGGUUUAGAACUAGUAUAUAAAGCAAGAUUUGCAGAUUUCUAUAAAGAUUAUUCAUCCAAGUACAAACAGCUGCUGCACAGGAUUAUUUGUUUCGAAAGUUACCCUGCACCUCCUGGCAAAGAACUCAUAGGGGACCAAUUUGAAUAUGAACAUGCCAAAGAGUAUGUGAAAAACAAUGAUAACAAGACUGAUAGAAUUGGUACAAUGAGCACUUGUGAGUGGGAAGUGGCAACGGUUUACAUGGCUUUUGCCUUCAAAAAGAUGAAAUGUACAUGGGAUACAAAUGGGAAGCCCAUUUACAAACCAUCAACAGAACCUCAAACACUCAAUCGAUAAACACUUAGUCAAUUACAUGAUGCAACUGAUACUGAAAGCAGAAAUCAAACUGUUCAUACUUUUAUAUAGCUAAACUUGCUAUUGGUGAUGUGUCUAAUUUUUAAGUUGCACAUGAUUCAAUAAUAUAUUGGUGAAUAUUAAAAAUUAUCAAGAAUUAACUCA